GGUGGCUCCAGCGCGCAGGCGCGCUGAGUGCGGGGAGGAAGGACACGGGGCGGAGGGGAUGGAGAGGGGGAGAGCAAAGAAGGAGGCCUCCUCCAGGGGGGAAAUUAGGGGAGCGCGAAAGGAAGAGAAAAAGAAAGGGGCAGGAGAGACAAUCCAAGAAAAAGAAAAAGGGCAGGUGAACGGGAAGAACAGCAAGAGGAAAGAUGAGGAGGAAAAGUUGAAGGAGCAAGACAAAGAGAAGGGGAAAUGUAAAGGAAAACAAGAGGAAGAGAAGAGUGACUGCACCUGGACAAGUACCCUGCCCAAGCCACGGGAGGAAAGUAAGCAGAUCCUAGUUCUAGGCCUGGAUGGAGCAGGGAAAACCAGCAUCCUCCACACUUUAGCUUCAAACGGAGUCCAGCGCAGCUUGGCACCCACCCGAGGGUUCAAUGCGAUGUGCAUCAACACUGGAGGCGGCCUCAUGGAGUUCCUGGAGAGUAAGCCCUCUCACCACCAGUGUGGUGCGACCAGCACUGGGACCUUGUCCAGAGCAGCUCUGGUUGGUGGCAGUGAGCCUUUCCGUUCCUCCUGGGAGAUGCACCUGUCCAAAGGAUUGCUGCUGAUUUUCGUGGUGGAUUCAGCAGAUCACAACCGAUUGCCUGAAGCCAAGAAGUACCUUCAUCAACUCAUCGAAGCCCACCCAAUCCUUCCUCUGGUUGUGUUUGCACACAAACAGGAUCUGGAAGCAGCCUAUGACAUUACAGAUAUCCACGAAGCCUUGGCACUGUCUGAGGUGGGAAAUGACAGGAAGCUGUUCUUGUUUGGAACUCAAGUGACCAAGACCAGCACUGAGAUCCCCUCCAUCAUGGAAGAUGCCAAAGACCUGAUAGCACACCUGGCUGCCACCGGGCCUUGACUGGGCCCAGGCCCACUGUGGCCUCAGCUGCUAAAUGUCCUCAGGGAACACUGCACAGCAGGCCUGAAGUCAAAGUUUUCACCUUCAAAUAAAAGAUAAGCCAUUUCCUGUUUGUUUACU